ACUCCAGGGCACCUCACAGCUGACCGUGCCACUAGCUCUGCAACACGCCGGCCAGUCCUACCUCCCUGCACCCCUGAAGAAGUAUUCCGUACACACUGAGAAGAAGACCACGGGAAACUUCAUUCUCCAACAAGAGUAUAUUCUGAUUCUGCAAAAUAAAGUUCAGAACUGCUAAACCAUCGAAGCAAUCAUGUCCGGCAUCGUACUCACAUUGACUCUUCUAGUCUGCAUCCUGGUCAUCACUGAGGCGUGCUCACCAUCAUCUACAGGCAGUGGAGGCGGGAACCACACACCGUCUCCAGCGAAUGAUGGCAACGUCUACAACCCGGGAAAGGGACCGAUUCCCCCGCACCCAUUCAGAAGACGUAGAGAUGACAACGAAGAUGUCUCCCUCGACAAGAAACUACAAGCCAUGAAUAAGAUGAUGAGCGAACUAUUUGACGAGCUGGACGCGGAUGAUGACACUAAAGUGAGCAAGGAGGAGUGGGUGAGGCGGAAGGGCAACGCGGAGGACUAUGUGCAGAUUGUGGCCACAUUCGACAAAAAUGGAGAUGGCUUGUUAUCGCGUGAUGAAUUUCUGGCAGCAUCAAAAUCGUGAGACGUCAUCACAUAACAAUGGGUAUAUUUUUUUCAGAGAGGUCAAUCACAGGUUUGAUCGUCCCCUGAACACACAUGGCCCGACUUCUGUUUCCUGGUUGAUUCUUCAAAGCUAGAUUUUGUCUUGCUUCAGGAGCUAAUGGUACUUCGCAGUGGAAAGUAUUAAGAGGUGGAUUAUGGUUUGACGAGUGGAUGGAAGGCUUUCAAAUUCAUAGUGGGUCAUAAAAGAGUUGUCGAUUACUCGCAUUAUUGUUCUCAAAAUCACGUUGACAUCGUACCCAUACGUUGUUUUUGUAUUUCAAUAAAUGUCUUAUUUGUCAUGAGCAUUUUCGAUUCGCCAGGAUCUACACUAUUUUAUUUUAGGCCUAAAAUAGUUUCUAAUUAAAAUUAAAUACUUUCUUUUGUAUAGAGAAAUAUAUUUUGUAUUAUUAUUUUAAAACUAAGCAAAAGUACCCUCUACAAUUUCAUUAUAUAAAAACAAAUAUUUGUUUUUUAAUAAAAUUGAAUUAAUAAUUGAGUGAAAUUUGCGGCAUUUAUUCAACAAGGAGCAGAUUUAAAAUUAUACCAUGGCUCAAUUGCAUGGAGCUGCUAACUUGCUCAACCAUUUUCUGACAAGCAAAACUGUUCGAGAAAAAUAAAUCACAGAUGGCCUUCAUUUGGCUGGUAACCUUAUUAUAAUAAGAACCUCUUUAUCAGUCCGCCAUAAGCCUGUAAGCAUAAGCACAGAAAGUAUUGCUUAACAGAAACAGGUUACCAGCCAAAAUAACAUUAAGUUUGCA